UCCAAAAGUGGUAGCUCCAGUGACAGCACGCAUGACAGUGACAGUAACAGCAGUACUAACAGUGUCCUAGAAGUUUGUCCUGCCAGUGGAAGCGAUGUUCAUAACCUUGCAUCUUGGGGGCUACCACCAUCAGUGUUACAGCGAUACCAUGAUAUGGGUAUCACUCACAUGUUUGAGUGGCAAGCAGAGUGUUUAAGGACAGGMAAYGUACUCAGAGGAGGAAAUCUGGUCUACUCAGCACCAACCAGUGCUGGCAAAACCAUGGUAGCCGAGUUGCUGAUGUUAAAGCGAGUUCUAGAAACCAAGAGAAAAGCUUUGUUUAUUUUGCCAUACGUCAGUGUGGCCAGAGAAAAGAUGUUUUAUCUACAGCGUCUGUUUCAAGAAGCCAGUGUUCGUGUCGAGGGAUUCAUGGGCAGCCAUAACCCCGCAGGUGGAUUUACUGCGGUAGACAUUGCCGUAUGUACAAUAGAGAAGGCAAACAGCUUACUAAACAGACUUAUGGAAGAAAACAAGGUGUCUACUUUGGGGGUGGUAGUGGUGGAUGAAAUGCAUAUGAUAGGUGAUCCCCACAGGGGGUACCUACUGGAGCUUUUUCUCACCAAGAUAAGAUUUGUUUCUGGAGAGGGGACAGUCCAAGGUGAACAAGCUGAAUGUGAUAACAAAGACGGUAAAUCUACAAACGAGUCCCCGAUUCAAGUCGUCUGUAUGAGUGCAACAUUACCCAACUUAGACAUGCUCGCUCGUUGGCUUGCCGCUGACUUGUACUUCACAGACCACAGACCAGUCCCUCUGACGGAGAUGGUGAAAAUCGGCCCGACCAUUUAUGACAAAAAGAUGACCAAAAUCCGGGACAUUGAUCCAACGAAAGCCGUUGUCAAUGACGACGAUCACAUAAUCCCACUUUGUAAAGAAACUAUUACCCAGGGACACUCGGUACUGAUAUUUUGUCCGACAAAAAACUGGUGCGAGAAACARGCAGAGGCGAUUGCGCGMCACUUYUCUACUAUCGGAAACCCWGGACUAGCAAGAAAAACUGACAAUCGAUCAGGCUUCGUGAAAGCSUCGGAUAUGAUCGCKUUUGAUUACGAAGCCAUCCGGGAGGUCUUCGAGCAGCUCAAAAGGACGCCUGUCGGCUUGGACUCGGUUUUACGAAGGGUGUUGCCUCAUGGGGUGGCUUAUCACCACGCGGGACUUACAGUUGACGAGAGGGACAUUAUCGAGGGGGCUUUUAGACAAGGGACUAUAAGAGUUCUUGUGGCCACAUCUACAUUAUGUUCAGGUGUGAAUCUUCCCGCUCGUCGAGUCAUCAUCCGAACUCCUACGUUUCAUGGUAAAAUGGUAGACCCUUUGGUCUACAAGCAGAUGGCUGGACGGGCUGGACGUAAAGGAGUUGACGAUCUUGGUGAGAGUGUUCUUGUAUGUAAAACUACUGAAAGGCACAAAGCUACGACGCUGAUGAAGAGCGAACUCAAACCUGUGCAAAGCUGUUUAUUAUUAAAAGAACUCAAUGGUGGAAUCAAGCGUGCUUUACUGGAGGUCAUCGCCAGUGGCGUCGUGACAGGAUUACGUGACGUAGAGCGUUACGCUGCGUGUACAUUCUUUGCUUCCUCGUCACGUCAGGAUGACARAGAUGGCAACAAGUGCGCUAUCACUGAAACAAUUAAAUUUCURGUUGACAACGAGUUUAUUCGGGUACAAGUCAACAAAGACAAAGAGAAUGGAGACUCCCGAUCAGAGGAAUCAGCCCAAGAGCGUUACGUUUCUACCCAGCUUGGUUCAGCCACAGUGGCUUCUGCUCUGUCUCCUGAUGAAGCUUUGGUUGUAUUCGGUGAUCUCCAACAAGCAAGAAAAUGCUUCGUGCUGGAGAGCGAACUGCAUAUCAUCUAUCAGGUCACACCUAUAUAUGUCGAAGCUCAAUGGCCAAAUCUGGACUGGAAUCAGUUUCUAAGCAUUUGGGAACGUCUUCCUUCGCAUAUGCGACGCGUUGCUGACAUUGUUGGAAUACAAGAAGUCUACCUAUCCCUUGCAUCACGGGGUAGGAUACCAACCCGUACKCCACAACAGCGGCAACAGCUAAGAGUCCAUCGGCGCUUUUUUGCUGCGUUGGCUCUACAAGAUUUAGUCCACGAGGUACCUUUAAAUGUCGUUGCUCGCAGGUACGGGGCAACUCGAGGGAUGGUACAGUCCUUGCAAAGCUCAGCCUCUACGUUUGCGGGAAUGGUAAGCGUGUUCUGCCAGAAACUCGGUUGGGUCAACUUAGACCUUUUGCUGUCACAGUUCCAGAGUAGGCUGUCUUUUGGYGUCGAGAGAGAGCUGUGCGAUCUUGURAGGAUCUCGGUUUUGAACGCCGCGCGUGCGCGAAUGCUUUAUAACGCAGGCUUUCAAACCAUGGCAUCGCUGGCGUCCGCUAAACCGGAAGUAAUCGAGACAGUCUUGAGAAAUGCUGCUCCAUUUGUCAGCGAGCGAARACAUCACGGAGAAACUGAUUUGGAGGUGAAAYAYCGAAGCGAAGCACGAGUGAUAUGGGUUGCAGGAAAGAAAGGACUCAGUGAAAGGGAAGCAGCAGUUUUAAUCAUAUCAGAAGCGAASCAACACCUUCAAGAUGAUGCUGCACAACUUGGUAUUCAGUGGAAGGCACCGGAAGUAAAUGCACCGGAAGCACGCGGACUAGAAAGAAAUCCACCGGAAGUACGCGCAACGGAAGUAGCUGGAACUUCCAUUGGUAACAAAGGGAAUCGAUCAUUAGGAGUGGCAGGGAAUCUAUCUCGUGAUAAACCAUCCAAAAAGAAGCGGAAAUUCUCAAAUAGACGAAGGUUGUCGGGGGCUAAUGGGAAUCGGAUAUCGCCUCCUUUGCGGCGAAGUCCACGACGAUCACCAGAUACUAAUCCCCCUGAAGUCAAAGAGAAAUACACCAAAUUGACUGACGUUAGGACUUUGCCUUCAUGCCUGGAAGGACAAACAAACCGUGUUAAAGACGAUAAGACAGCACAAAGCAUCCGAUGUCUCGAAAGCUUACCAGGAACAAGUAAAGAUAAAUGCACAAAAACUAUGAAUACCAAUGGAAAUACCUUGUCUUCGUGUGUAGAAGGGCAGAGGAACGUUAACGCGGCGCUCAACGUCAAUCCAGUAGAAUCAGAACCAGUAACUAGAAAAAGGCGAGAAACACACGAGAAAAGCAAAGUACAAAGCGAUAAAACUCUCUAUAAUAUUCAAAUCGAGAAUGUUAUUCCGUCCAAACAGACGUCCACCAAUCAUAGCAGUGCUCACAAAGAAGAGAGAACUAUUGCGUAUGACAAACAAAACUGGAAUAAAGAUGCUAAGACCUUUGCUGCACGUGACUCCACGAUAACCAAUCAUAGCAAAGAUCGUCUUGAAAGUAACCAAUCAGAAAGAAUAGGUUUAUCCGAAGAGCAAAACCGUAAAAAGGAGGCUGUAAAAUAUAGUUCACGUGACCUGCCUUCCACCAAUAAGGUCAAAGACAAACUACAAAGCAACCAAUCAGAGGGAAGGUCAGUUCCAUCUAUAGUUAGAAACCAGAGUCWAGGUGAUCARCAACAUAGACCGAAUUGCUUUAACAAAGAAGUACAAGAACAACAUCAAAAUGAAAUAAAACCAAGAGCAGAUUUUUUUACGCCAAUUGGGGAAACUUCCAAACAGAGGAGAACAUCUCCACGGAAUAAAUGUAAUAGCGAAACUUCUGAUAAUCGAUUAAGUAUUAAACGACGUUCUCCACGAAAUGAGCUCCGCAAAGACUCGCCGAAGGAAAAGGUCCCAAGAAUUGAAACAAAGAUGGCGGACGAGAUCGAGAAACAAGACUCCCUUCUGAACACAACACAAUCAUUUUCAGUGCAAGAGGAGUCGUACUCUUCUGCAGUUCUGUUUGACAACUCCGUGGAUAUCUCUGAGAAUAAAGUGGCUCCUGGACCGAGUAUAUCACCAGAACUAUACUCUGAGCCUUUGGACGAAGAAAAAGAUGCUAAAGGGAUAAAAUCAGUCUUGGAAUACAAGGGAAAGCGGAAAGGAAUGAAGUUUUGCUUCGAUUCUGCAACACAUUAUAAGGCACUGGCCCAAAGCUGUGGCAUAACGCUAAGCGGUGAUGUUGAAGAUCCUAAAGUUGCUGCAUGGUUGUUGGAUCCAUCGGCCAAGGAGAAGAGCUUGCAUCAUUUAGCAGCGGAGUUUAUCAGUGACAAAACAGACUUGUUAGAAGGUACCGGUGCUGGUUUUGGGUGUGGUAGUCUUGGAUUAGCAUCCCAAAGCCCCAUCGGUGGUCGU